UGCAGUUGACUCGGGUCUCACUUCGGCAGCAGGCAGCAUCCAACGAGCUUCAGCACGAGUCGCUUCGUUCAAUUUGCCGAAAGCCUUGAGUCCAUCACAAGAGGCUGUGUGCUUUUUGCCAGUAGAUCAUCAUCGUCCUUGUCGGAUGGUUGGCGGUUUUUCCUAACGCAUUGUGUCUCUCAGCAAUUUUCGCAGAAACUGACAAAAAUAUAUCGUAAGCGUGAAAUUCGCUUCAAUAAGUUUAAGAGAAUCUUAAAAAAUGUUUGAAAGUUUUUAAUAAAUUUUGUGCAGUUUCUAGUGUGAUAUUUAGUUGUGCGUGCAAGUUUUUUUUUGUUUUUUUCAAACAUUUAUGGAUUUCCUGUGUCAAACUGCUGCAUGAUCGAAAUGAAUGAAUUGUUGUGACCCAAGUGUUGUUGAUACCCAGACGAAUUUGAAUCGAAAAAAUUAAUCUCUUUAUAUAUGUAUGUACAUAUAUUCAUAUGUACAUAUUAUAACUACACAAAUGAGCUUUAUACAGCAACUUCUUCAAAACCGACUCAAUCCGUGUACAUAUAAGUGUUAUGCAAAAAUGCUGAUCGUGCUGCUUGUAAUUUCGGCACUGCUGGAAGCAAUUGGCGCCUUUCAACCAGAAUUUGUGGAGAGCAUUUCCAAUGUUUCGGUGGCUGUUGGUCGCGAUGCCACAUUCACGUGUCACGUACGCCAUUUGGGUGGCUAUCGGGUGGGUUGGUUGAAGGCCGAUACCAAAGCCAUCCAAGCCAUUCACGAGAAUGUCAUCACGCAUAAUUCACGUGUUACAGUCAGCCAUUUGGAUCAGAACACUUGGAAUUUGCAUAUAAAAUCGGUUUCUGAAGAGGAUCGCGGUGGGUAUAUGUGUCAACUGAAUACGGAUCCUAUGAAGAGUCAGAUUGGCUUUUUGGAUGUGGUUAUACCGCCGGAUUUUAUCAGCGAGGACACUUCAUCGGAUGUGAUUGUGCCCGAAGGUAGCUCGGUGCGUUUAACAUGUCGAGCUCGCGGCUAUCCAGAACCCAUAGUGACCUGGCGUAGGGAGGACGGCAAUGAAAUCGUUCUUAAAGACAGCAUGGGCACUAAAACAUUAGUCACCUCCUACCGCGGCGAGGUGCUGAAGCUCACAAAAAUCUCACGCAAUGAAAUGGGCUCAUAUCUAUGCAUUGCGUCCAAUGGAGUGCCCCCAUCGGUUUCAAAGCGCAUUUCGCUUAGCAUACACUUUCAUCCUGUUAUUCAAGUACCAAAUCAAUUAGUCGGCGCACCACUUGGCACUGAUGUUCAAAUCGAGUGUCACGUUGAGGCCUCGCCCAAAUCAAUUAACUAUUGGAUUAAGGACACGGGUGAAAUGAUAGUCUCCUCCGUUAAAUAUCACGUUCAGGAAGCAUCUCAAUCGAUGUACGAGACCAAAAUGACAAUGAUUGUGCGUAAGUUCCAAAAAGAUGAUGUUGGAUCGUAUCGAUGCAUAGCCAAAAAUUCACUAGGUGAAGUGGAUAGCAGUAUACGAUUAUAUGAAAUCCCAGGACCGAAUCGUAAAAUUCCUAGCAAAGGUAGCGGAAGCGGAGCAGGUGCGGGCAGUACUGGUACCAACGAUGCGGAUGCCAAUGACAUUUUAAAACUGAAACAAGUCAAAGUCACCUAUCAGCCGGGUGGCGACGAUGAGGAACUGCAAUAUGGUUCGUCCGAGGAUUUUGAGAAUGGCGAUGGAUAUGGUGGACUGCCGCCGUUAUCGCCUCACGUUUACUACACCAGUGGCAAUAAGCCUCCCACACAUAAGCCAGGAGGCGGCGUCGGUGGUGGGAGUGGCAGCAAUCAGCAUCAACAUCAUCAUCAUCACCAUCACCAGCAGACGCAUGGGAGCAAUGGCAAUGGCGUCGGCGGCAACGAGUUGACUCCGUCAGGUGCCGGUGGCAAUGCCGGAGCCGGUGGCAUCACCCGUAAGCCACCCUAUUAUGGUACGGAAGUGCGCGGUGGUGGCAAUGGCGGAAUUGGCGGCCCCCUGGACAACAACGAAAUGAGCUCCGGAGCCGAAGGUGUUCAUGGUGGCGGCAUAGGAGUAAACAAUCGAUGUCGAUGGUUGUGGCACUGUCGACAGCCGUUCUUAAUGGGUUUGUCGGCUAUGUCCGGUUUUCUCUUGACGCUUUGGCUGUUAUAAUACCCAAUGGUUAGUGUAUAACAGCCUUCCCAAGUACACAAACCCACACCCACACACAAACACAGCCACAUAUGUUGUAGUAGCAAAUGUUAAAUUGUUUAUAAACAAAUUACAUAAAAAAUAACUUAAAUUACAUACAAGUAAGUGAAACGUAUCUAAGGUAAAUGCAAAAAAA